AUGUCCGGAUCUUCACUGUCGAAUUGGGAUGGCAGUCUGACAGCCCAGAAAUGUCCAGACGCGGACCAUUCUUCGCCCAAGGAGCCUCAUAGUGCCAAUGCCCUCCAUUAUGGAUCCAUGUCGCGUGUUUCUGCGCCAUACAUGAGCGUCGACGGUGCUUUCGAUGUGGUCAAUGGCGUUUUGCAAGCCGUAUCUGUUAGCGGCAUCAACGAGGCACGUGUCGCGUCUGUGCAAUCAGAACAAAAUAGUCACGGCGUUUCCUAUUCUUCGCGGUAUCAAAUGAUGGCUUCGUCGAGUUCGCCUUCCUCAUCCUACGCACCGGACUACUUACCCACCGCGCGAAUUGAUAUGCCAAUGACUUGUCCAGAAGUAAUAACGCAAACUACCGAUACAAUUGCUACCGCUGAGGAUCACGGCUUGCUUGGAGUAGAUAACUCGAGGAGCAACCAAGAUGAGCUCAUAAACCUCGUUAAACAGACUAUGCCACUAUCGUGUGCAACGGUGGGCACGGCCGAUGCGGCCGAAUUUAAUUCCACUUCGCUCCCCUCUGGAGAGUCCAAUGUCCUGCUCCGAACUCCCGAAGUUCGUUCGGCGCAGUUGCCAUCCAGUCCUAAAUCCACAUCACCUUCUCCACCAGAACAUAUUUCGCCGCUCUUCACUCCUCCGCCUCCUCCGAAGCGUCGCCGAAUUUUCAUGUCUCAUGUUGCGGUCCCGCCCUUGCCUCGUCGCAGGAGUGAAUACAGGACCGUAACGCCUUCUAGGCAUGGCCUAUCUAGGAAAGCCAAAGACAAGGCCGUAGAUCUCAUCCAAGUGUUUGGAAAUCUUCGCACCGCUUUUCAAGAAGAGGAAGCCAUGAGAGCAGCUGAGCCCUUCAGCAGUAGCCUUCGUCCAUCUAUGACCAGACAUCGACGAAGUCAAAGCUACAGCUCUGAUGACGAGAUUCUAUUGACCCCAAAUCGAAAAGCCGAGUUCAGCUCAUCACCGAGGAAACGGCGCAAGCCGUCAAUUGAGGUCAUGCCUUCGCCGCUGCCAAGAAAGUGGCCCAAGAAAGAUAAGGUGCAUGCGGGCGCGGGCCAGCACACCCAGAGUGUGGCAGGUGUGAGAGAGGACGGGAGGGGGAGCGUCAUCCGGGAACCCUUGCCGAAGAUUCCAAAAGUCAAGUUAAAUCUUUCCAAGUGGAGGAAGGAGUCGGUUGGGCCGCGAACGCACUCACUGGCAGAUGAGGCACACACAAAGUCAGUCAGCUCUCGCACAAAGUCCAUCGAGACGUCUCUCUCCUCCGACGAUGAACCAGUCAUGACUUUCUCUGUUUACUAUGACGAUACCUUGGAGCAUGUCCGACUUAUCGAUGCCCGCCAGGGAAUCUACGAAUACACCAUGCAAGAUGAAGAUCCCGUUACAGAAGAAGUUUUGUCCAUGAACUUGCAGUUCAUCAGGAGACGGCUGAAAGGUCAUCGUGUUACCGACGAUCUACAAUGGUAUGAUCCCGAGGCUGACUCGACACUCGGAGUCGACGUUGAACCGUCCGGGACUCCCCCACCGCCCCCGACCAUGUCUGCAAAGGCCAGAGGCAAACAAAAGGCCGUUCCUAUCAGCCCUACAAAGGAUAUCUUGCUUUCUCCGCAAUACCAUAUCGAAGCAGACCUCGGCAGCGACUUUAUACACCUCCAUCCUGUUUUCGACGAUCCUCAUACAGGUAUGUUGGAGCCACGCGUCGGUCCUGCGACGCAUCCCCCCCUUGUACACCAUUUUCCUAUGCCCAAUUCCGCUACCGUAUUCUGUUCAUCGUCGUCUCACGGAAAGGAACAGCUACUCGGCCCCCUCCACGAUUUUUCUUCUAUCGGAGACAAUGCGUAUCUGCACGAUUCCGCUCUUGAUCUGCCCAACAUUUGGUUAGAGAACUCUGAACCCUUGCAUGAUGGUACUAUCGAUCCAUCUCUUUUGGGUGGUUUUGAGUUCAUGGACCAUUCGUCCUUCUCAUCGUCAUCGUCAUCUUCGGGAUCUCCCAGGCAGAAGUCACCCUCACCUCUUCCGAACCCGCCUCCCUCCGCCGUUCAAAUCGAAACAGAAACGCAUCCCUCCGUUCGUUUACCGUCACCACAACGUCCCAUUGUCCCAGAAGAUCAGCCAACGAACGACAAGCUCGAUGAAUGGGAGAUGUCAGACUUGACUUCCCUUGAUGAUAGUAGUCCGUGCAUUAAUCCGAUUCCUCUUGAUCCUCCUCCCCCAGCUCCAUCUCGUGCGUUGUCAAAGCAGAAGACGCACAAAGUGAAAGUGGGCCCUCCUGCCCGGAAGAGGUCCGAGUGGCCAAUGACGGACAAGGCUUCCUUUUGCCAUCAGUGCAGAGGACGCUCGUUCCGACUAUCCGUGUAUUGCGGAUGUGGAAAGGUGUACUGCGUCAAGUGCAUUACGACCAAGUACGACAAUUUGGAAUUCGAUGCCGACGCGAAAGAUUUCGUUUGUCCGAGGUGUACCAAUACUUGCACCUGCGAUGUCUGCACUAGAGCUAGAGGCGAGGUAUAUCAUUCAGCCAGGACCGGCUCCGCCAAGCGAGCACUGGUUUCAUCUUCACGGCCUCCGCGAAAAUCAAGCAAGUCGCAGAAGGCUAGGGACGCUGAGACGAGAGAAGAUCACAACCCACUUUCGUUACAUCGCCUUAACCCUGCACAGCUCCAACACCAUUCUCAUGUGCAACGACAUGAUCCUCCACAUGUCUCUCCUCUCGGUGGUCGGACCAAUAUACCCCCGCUCAGUGAACGUAAGCAGGGUCCAGUGAAGUACUGGGGUACAAUCUAUGGGUUUUCUGGGGAGAAGAUUGGGACAGCGUAUAUUCCAGAGGAUGGGAGUUCCAAUACGCUCCUUGUCCAGCGCUCGAGAGUGUUUGUUGGGGAGAUUCAGCCGGUCUGGGGACUAGGAACCAAUCCAUCGCUAAGACUCGUUGACCCUGCGACGAAAACAGUGGAUCACAAUGAUGCUCAGAAGACACGUAGGAGGUUCGUUGGACAGCAAGCACCAUUGUUUAUGCCCAUUCGGACGAUAGAUUCCUCCGGUGUUAUGGAGUAUGAGUCGGAUGCGGAUGGAGAGCAUGAUCCUGAGGAGCCAAGGGAUAGGCUCACACCCAAUGACGAGCAUCCUGGGUUUGAGUGGCGGAGGGGAGAAGAAUUAGAUCCUGAUAAGAUCAGCUUGGCUGAUGAGGAUGUGACGUCGGUCUGUAUCUUGUCUCUGAAGCAGAUAGGCAUCACAGCAAUGGCUUCUACAGGGUAG